AUGGGUCAGCAAGGCUCCCAACUGCUAUCGGACAUCGAAGCCACCUCGAACUUCAAUUCGAAAGAGAUCCAACGGCUCAAAAAACGCUUCAUGAAGCUCGAUCGCGAUGGAUCCGGUUCCAUCGACAAGGACGAAUUCCUCCAGAUCCCGCAAAUCGCCAACAACCCGCUCGCCCUCCGUCUCAUCGCCAUCUUCGACGAGGACGGAGGCGGAACCGUGGAUUUCCAGGAAUUCGUAGCCGGACUCUCCGCCUUUUCAAAUCAGGGUUCGAGGGAGGAGAAGCUCAAGUUCGCCUUCAAGGUGUACGACAUGGACAGGGACGGGUUGAUCAGCAACGGAGAGCUCUUCUUGGUGCUCAAGAUGAUGGUGGGCAACAACCUGAAGGAUCAACAGCUGCAGCAGAUCGUGGACAAGACGAUCAUGGAGGCGGAUACGAAUGGGGAUGGCAAGUUGGAUUUCGAAGAGUUCCAGGCGAUGGUGGCGAACACGGAUGUAGCAAAGCAGUUGACGUUGGAGGAUCUGUUUUGA